AUGGCGGGCUCCGGUGGUCUAUGGCGAUACUUUCUCCAAAGACCCCGGAAAUCCCACUCCGCGACAGCCUCCGACGCUCCCCAUGUCACCGCAAUCCGGCCCGUCAAAGGUCUCGAGCCGAAUCUGUAUGACUGUCUGGCUUCGACCUUCCGUCAGGAUUAUCCAGCCGACAAACUUAGCGUCUAUUUUUGUGUCGCAUCUCGAAACGACCCUGGCUACCCAACCCUGCAAAAGCUUGUAUCCGAUUUCCCACACGCCGGUGCACGCAUUUUUAUAGAGGAAGAGGAUCCUUUGCUCCAGCCAGAUGGGGAACGUAUCUACGACCUGGGACCAAAUCCGAAAAUUCGGAACAUGAGUCGGGCUUAUAGAGAGGCCAAAGGUGAUAUCGUCUGGAUCAUAGAUUGCAAUGUUUGGGUAGGCAAAGGUGUCUGUGGGAGGAUGGUCGACCGGCUUUGCGGACUUGGUGCUACCUCAGGCAAAAAGUACAAAUUUGUACAUCACUUGCCGCUCGUCGUGGACGUCACUAGCGGUGCCAGUUUAACAGAAGAGCAGAAUGCCCUGGUGGAAUCUUAUACCAACGGCGAUGCAGAUCCAAGCAGCGAUGUGUCCUCCGCGCCGACUAUCUCCAAACACGAACAGGGUACUCUUGCAACAGGUGGAGGCCGCCUAGAAGAAUUGUUCCUUUCGUCUUCUCAUGCAAAAAUGUACACCGCAAUCAACACAGUACUCAUCGCACCCUGUAUCGUGGGUAAAUCCAAUAUGUUCCGGCGGUCGCACCUCGACUAUCUGACCAUGCCGUCCCCUACCGAUCCCCACAAGCGCAACCCUGGUAUCGAUUACUUUUCCGACAAUAUUUGCGAGGAUCAUCUGAUCGGAGACCUACUCUGGAAGAACCGCGUCCGCGAGGAGAAAGAGAACGGCGAGCGUUUUGGCAAGCACGGAAUGGUCUUUGGAGAUCUGGCGAUCCAGCCUGUGGGAAACAUGAGUAUUGGGGAUUACAUUGCGCGCCGGGUUCGCUGGCUACGUGUCCGCAAGUUCACUGUUCUCCUAGCGACCUUAGUCGAGCCGGGCACAGAGUCCUUGCUCUGCUCGUGUUACGGCGCCUGGGGAGUGACAACGUCCUUGGCUCAGUUUCUACAGGAAAAAGGGUUCUGUUGUGCAGCUUAUAUGACAACUUGGACUGCCUUCUUCGCCUUUUUCUUCCUCAGCUUGGCCAUCUGGAUACUGACUGAUUGGACACUCUAUAUAAAGUUGCAUUCUGCCAAAUCGGUUGAGCUCGAUGAGGAUACACCAUCUUUUGCACGGCCUCCCUCUCGCCAUUUGACUAGACGAACAUUCGCUCAAUGGUUCUCGGCGUGGCUUGGACGCGAGUUUCUAGCCCUCCCCAUAUGGAUCUGGGCCUUCUACGGUGGCGUAACUGUUACUUGGCGCAACCGGCGUUUCCGAGUCGGACUAGACAUGAAAGUUCGAGAAAUUAGCAGUGGAAAGACACCCCAGCCUACCUCCAAACAAGCCCCAACCAGUUAA